AUGCGCCACACUCUGCACGUUAUGUUGCUGUUGCUGCUGCUCUGCUGCCUCGCCGGCCCUUUUGCCGCCGCUGAGCAGCGCUGCAUGUUUGACCGCAUUUCUCGCAAGGCUGGUUCCCGAAGGAGAUCAUUGGUGCUGGAGCUUCCGGAUCGGGAGCGUGGCGGGGCGCAGGUUUUGACUGCCUCUGUGUCUGGCUGGGCACCCAUCCGUUUUAAGGUCUUCUCGGAGGACAUGAACAACCCUUCGAAGUACUGCACCGCGGCGGGAGAGACCCGGCCAGAUCUCGCUGGAGGAACCCUUGUGUGCCGGCAGCAGGAUGUUUUCACGGACGAAAAAAAAUCCAUCAUAUUGAAUCGGGUACUUCCUCGAGCCAUCCAAAUGCACGUGGACCGUCUCUAUGUUGAACCGUUUACGGACGCACUGGUUAUACCGGGGUUUUCGCCUGGAGAUAUAUGCGGUGAGUUUACAAUACCCAGCUCCCACCACACAACGGGUGUGUCCGGUGCGGACGUGUUUCUGUACGCCGCUGCUGCUCCGACUGAAGGUUCUAUACUUGCGUGGGCAGUGGGGUGUGCUGAAUUGGACACUGGGCGUUCGGUCGUCGGGGUCAUAGAUUUUGGUCCGGAGUCAGCCGCCGAUUCGGAGAGCAGUGUUCGUGUUGCCGCGCAUGAGAUUGCACACACGAUUGGGUUUGAAUCGUAUACGUUUGAGGACAGGAAGAUGGUACAGACGGCAUCUGGGGUGCGUGGAAAAGGCACAGUUGUUCAUAUGACGACACCGAAUGUACUGGAGAAGACUCGUGCGCACUUCAACUGCAUGAGUGCCCCUGGAAUGGAGCUGGAGGAUGAGGGUGGGGAUGGAACGACGUCGUCGCACUGGGAAAGACGCAACGCAAAGGACGAGCUGAUGGCUGGUCUUACCGGGGCCGGCCACUACACGGCGCUGACGUUGGCUGCUUUUGCGGACAUGGGCUUUUACCGGGUGCAGUGGGGGAUGGCGGAACCGAUGGCAUGGGGCAAAGACUCCGGCUGCGAACUGCUGACGCAGAAGUGCCUGACCAACGGCGUCACCAACUACCCGGAAAUGUUUUGCGGCUCCAAAAGCAACCUUUUGGUGUGCACGUCGGAUCGCCUGGCCCUGGGGUACUGUACUAUUUACACCCACCAAAACCCGCUUCCCGCACAGUUUCAGUACUUUACGGACCCCAAAGUUGGCGGGUUUGCUAACGCUCUGAUGGAUUACUGCCCUUACAUUCAAGAGUAUGACAACAUGCGGUGCAUCGAUGGUUCGGAAAACGUUAUGCCGGGGAGCCGCGUUGGCCCAAAGUCAAAGUGCCUCAAGGGGGAUGGGCUGCGUGGCUCCAAGGGCAGCCUCGGUGACGUGUGCGCUGAGGUUUCGUGCGACGACGACAGGGUGAGUGUGCGGUACCUCGGCGAUGACACCUGGCACACGUGCCCGGAGGGCGGCAGUAUUGCGCCUGCCGGGUCAUUCACGAGCGGGAAGAUCUUGUGCCCAAGGCGCAUCGAAGUGUGUUCCCAACUACAAGAGGAAGACGGCGACGACAGUGGAGACACCGAGGGAGACACCGAGGGAGACCUGAACGGUGGCACCGAAACGCCUCCAAAUUUGGAUGCCAGUCGCUUGCACAGCGUCUUUUUUCCCCUUGUUUCCACUGCUUUCUUUGUGGUUGCCGUUGGGGCCGUUUGGUAA